AUGUCGACACCGACGGUUGACGCAUCUGGUGCAUCCACACGCACGGCGAUCCGGUACCAAGACAGCAUCGGCUCGCUUAGCCGCAGCGAAAAGUCGGUGCAGCGCAUCCUCUCGCAGUCGACACGGAUCCACGUUUUGCGAGAUAAACUCGAUGAGCGAUCAGUCGAGGAGUUGGAAGCGUCGGCUCAGCAGUUGGGCGCGCAGCUGACAACAAGCGCCGAAUCAGCGAAUAUAGUGGUGACGGCAAUCAAGGCGCCUAAAAGGAUAUUGAAGUGGAUUCCGGACGGGGAGGCGAAUGUCGUACCGCCAAGGACGGAGAGAGGUGAGACGGGCAGAGCAAGGGAAGAGGUACAGAGAGUGGAAAGGCAGCUCGGGGAGGAGGUGCUGAGGGAUUGGAGACGCUUUGUUGUUACACCGCAGUGGCUGGAUGCGGUCAAGGCGGAAGCAAGGUUGGUGGAUCCAGACCUGUUUGCAGUUGUCGCGAUCAAGGAUGAGUCCAAAACGCUAGAGAGCAAACCCUCUGCUACCAGCGAUCGAAAGAGAAAGCACAGUCCAAGCGGUUCACCGCUGCUCGCACCAUCGCACCAUGCAUCACCACCUGCCGUCCUCCGACGCAAGCACUUGUCGUCGUCCCCCACCCCUACAACCGCGUCCUCCUCGUACUACGAUGCCAUCUACCCACCCGCUCCCUGUCCACGCUGGCAAAACACGCGUUACGCCUGUCGUCGACCCUCGCCGCUCCACUCUCCCAACCAAGCACUCAUCACCGAACUCGAGCUCAUCCGCACCGAACGUCGACUCACCGGAGACACGUACUCAGAAAUGGCGUACAUGCGCGCCAUCUCGGCACUCAAAGCCUUCCCCUUCCCUAUUCCCGAUCGCAUCCUCGAUCCUCCAGAAGUGUUCGACCCGGCAUUGUUGGAGUUACGCCUGAGCGAGGUGGAGAAGCUCAAAGGGGUGGGAAAGAAAGUGUUUUCGCUCAUCAAACAGUUUUAUGCGUCCGAGAACAAGAGUGGCGAGAGGAUCGUGGAGGCCAAGGUGAUAGCGAGGGAUCCAGCCGUGUACAUCAUGAACGCAUUCACAGAGCUGUACGGAAUUGGACCGAUCGGUGCAAGGGAAGCGUACAACUCAGGAGCUAGGAGCUUCAGCGAUGUGUUGCACAGAGGCAAGUCGCUGGCGACACACCUAUCGGUGCAGGAGUCGGUGCGUAUCCUAGCAGAUCUUAGGAAGCCAAUUGGAAGGGAAGAGUGUCGGUCCAUCACAGCGCACAUCAUGGCGCUGGUCAGAUCAAUGUUAGCCGACGACGUCGAGGUCAAGUACGAGAUAUGUGGUGGGUAUAGGAGGGGAAAGGAGAGCACGUAUGAUGUAGACAUCAUCAUCGGUCAUAGCGAACCACCCAGUCGAGCGCUCCACAUGAGGCUGCUGAACGAGAUGAAACGAAAGGGACUCAUCACGCACUUGGUCAACGUCAGCACACCCGCCUCCUCGUACCUAGACCCCGACACCACAAUCCAUGACAAACACACGCCACCACCAGUGCACAUUGAUAUCGCUAACAUCGUCGUCCUACCCCCGCUCUCGGACCGCACCCAUUUAGCGAUGCAUCGAAGGGUCGAUCUCGUGUUUUGCCCACUGCGCGUCUACGGCGCCACCGUCCUCGGUUGGACGGGAAGCAUGACAUUUGAACGCGACCUCCGACUCUGGGCCAAAAGCAAAGGCUUCAACUUCAGCUUUGAUGGGCUCACCAAUCUCGCUGACGAGUCUCUCGUAGACACCACCGACGAAAAGGCUGUCUUUGACGCGUUGGACUUGCAGUACAUGCCUCCAGAAUGGCGAAAUUGCGACGCUUGA